UUCAGGUGUGACCUUCCUGCUUUAACAUCCUGCUCAUGUCGUCUUCAGGUCAUCAGUCCGUUCGGCUGGAGGGACAUGAGGAUCAGUGUGCCGGGCGGGUGGAGGUAUGGAAGGACGGGAACUGGGGCACGGUGUGUGACGACAGAUGGGACCUGAGAGAAGCCAAGGUGGUUUGCGCCCAGCUGGGCUGUGGGACCGCUCUCAGGGUGACGGGUCAGAAUGGAUUGUUCCCUCCAGGGAGCGGACCGAUUCACCUAGACGAGCUGAACUGCACUGGGAACGAGCAGAACCUGUGGUUCUGUCCGGGUGUCCAGGAAAACUCCGACUGCGGACACAAAGAGGACGCUGGUGUGGUGUGUUCAGAAUCUAAGGCGUUGUUUAGGGUAACUACACCAGCUCCAGCUCCUCCAUCAGCCGUUUCUUCUCCAGAACAUCUCAGCAUCUUAUGGCUCUUUAGUCUACUGGGUUUUUUUGCCACCCUGGUAACGUUUCUCUGCUGCUAUUACUGCAGACGAGAUGAUGAGCGAGGUGAGGAGAAGAGAGCAGACGCUGGUGUGAAGAACCAGGUGACUGUGAGUGUGUGGACCAUGAGGUGGGAAUCCUGAAGAUGGACCAACGCUUGAAGAAGCACAGACUCCAACAUCCUGAUUAUUGGUUUAGACCAAUAAUUGGUCUAAACCGUAAUACGUGUAAUAAAGAAUACAUGUUAUAUUCUAAUUUGAAAAUAAUUAAUAAAAACUAUAAACAUUUUGCUCUCCAUAUUUAUAAUGAAUUAUAUAAAAUCAGGGUGUAUUCACACGGGCCCUGUUUA